UGUUCCCACCUUGACUGUUCACACCUUGGAAGGAAGGCAGGACAAGAAAGUAGAUCAUAAUUUAAUGCACGAACUCUGACUUCCCCAUAUUGUUUGUUUGAACCUUCAACAACAGUGGCGCAGAAGCAAAAUAGCAGUGACUUCCGGGGAAAACACGAAAGGCAUGAAAAAGAGAGGAAAAAGGUUAUUGCAGCUUUGGAUUCUUGUUUAGCAAGAGAAUAUCAAGGGACCUUUUUUGUUUUUUUUUGGAGGAAUUAGAGAAAUGCACGGUGGAGUUGAUGGCUUGUGGGCUCGGUCAAUGCUUUUUUUCAACCAAAAGAAGAAGUUCAAUUGGAUUGAUCCGGUAUGAGAACUAAGAAUUGGCUGAUUAAGCGAGUAUUCAGCUUUCGAGAGAAGUGGAGGAAGAUGAUGAAGUGUAUUUGCUCUGGGGAGCAAUUGAGGGUAGAUGAAAUGGUUCAUUCAUCGGACUCACUGGCAACUCGUGACUAUUCAGCAAGUGGCUAUUCAUCCCGAGCUGGUGAGAAAGAAACAAAGGUGGACAAUAGCAACAUUGAAGAAGCAGAGUCGUCUCUUCGUGAGAGUGGUUAUCUGAACUAUGAGGAAGCAAGAGCUUUAUUAGGAAGGCUUGAGUAUCAAAAAGGAAACACAGAAGCUGCUCUUCAUGUAUUUGAAGGAAUAGACAUUGUUGCUGUGACCCCAAAGAUGAAAGUGUCAAUUUCUAGACGAUGUGAACACAAUAGACGCCAUUCACAAAGUGAUGCCGCCCCGCCCAUGUCUAUGCAUGCUGUUAGUUUACUCCUGGAAGCUAUUUUCCUCAAAGCAAAAUCAUUGCAGGGUCUUGGGAGGUUUGGAGAAGCUGCUCAAUCUUGCAAAGUUAUUUUGGACACUGUUGAAUCUGCAUUACCAGAAGGCUUGUCUGAAAACUUUGGAUCAGAUUGUAAAUUACAAGAGACUCUAAUGAAGGCUGUUGAAUUGCUUCCGGAGCUAUGGAAGCUUGCUGGGGCUCCCCAAGAAGCUAUCUUAUCAUACCGACGGGCCCUCCUUUAUCACUGGAAUCUUGACACAGAAACUACUGCAAGAAUAGAAAAGGAUUUUGCCAUUUUUCUUCUGUAUAGCGGUUGUGAUGCAAACCCUCCUAAUCUUCGUUCACAGAUGGAAGGCUCCUUUGUGCCAAGAAACAAUAUAGAAGAGGCUGUUCUUCUGUUACUGAUUCUACUUAAAAAAUAUGUUCUUAAAAGGGUUGGAUGGGACCCAUCAAUCAUUGAUCACCUUUCUUUUGCCCUCUCUAUUUCGGGAGGAUUAAGGGCCCUAGCCCAUCAGGUUGAAGAAUUGGUUCCUAGAAUCUUGGAUAGAAAAGAAAGAUAUUGCACUCUUGCUCUCUGUUACUAUGCAGAAGGUGAGGAUCAGGUUGCUUUGAAUCUUCUGAGGAAUUUUUUGCAUAAUAGGGAGAACCAUGACUCCUCCAUAUUGGAACUAUUACUGGCUUCAAAACUUUGUGUAGAGAAUUUGGUUUGCAUUGACGAAGGGAUUGAUUAUGCUUGCAAAGCGCUUUCUGAAUUGCAUGGAAAAUGCAGCCAAGUGGCAGGUGUUGCAAACUUCUUACUGGGUGUUUUACAGUCAGCUAAAUCCAGAUUGGUUGCUUCUGAUUCUGAGAGGAUUUUGAAGCAGUCUGAUGCACUUGAGGCACUAGAAACUGCUGAGAGAACAAUGAGAGAAAGAGAUCCUCAAAUUGUUUUUCAUCUUUGCCUAGAAUAUGCUGAGCAACGAAAGUUGGAUAUUGCACUUCAUUAUGCAAAGCAGCUGUUGAAACUUGAGGCUGGGUCUAGUGUUAAAGGGUAUAUCCUUUUGGCACGAAUAUUGUCUGCUCAAAAACGUUUUAUUGAUGCAGAGACUGUAAUUAAUGCUGCUUUGGAUCAGACUGGGAAGUGGGACCAAGGAGAACUCUUGCGAACUAAAGCUAAACUCCAGAUUGCACAAGGUCGGUUAAAGAAUGCUGUAGAGACAUAUACUCAUCUUCUUGCAGUUCUUCAAGUUCGUACUAAAAGUUUUGGUGCUCGGAAGAAACUUCUAAAGAAUAGGAGAAACCAUGACAGAAGCUUGGAAAUGGAAACAUGGCAUGAUUUAGCUAAUGUAUAUACAAGCUUAUCACAGUGGCGGGAUGCUGAGGUUUGUCUUUCAAAAUCCCAGGCAAUCAAUCCUUAUUCUGCUUCUAGAUGGCAUGCUACAGGUUUACUCUAUGAAGCUAAGGGUCUCCACCAAGAAGCCCUGAAAGCAUUCAGAAAAGCAUUAGAUGUUGAACCCAACCAUGUCCCAAGCUUGAUAUCCACUGCCUGUGUGCUCCGAGAUCUCGGCGGCCAAUCAUUGCCAAUUGUGAGAAGCCUUCUCACUGAUGCACUUCGACUCGACAAAACAAACCCUUCUGCUUGGUACAAUCUUGGGCUGCUCUACAAAGCUGAUGUUGGAGCAACAGAACUAGAGGCUGCUGAAUGCUUUGAGGCUGCAGCUGUUCUUGAAGAAUCUUCACCUGUUGAACCCUACAGAUGAUCAACCCUACAUGCACACUUCGUCUCUUUGUAUGAGCCUUGUGAUUGUAGAUUACAAAUGUCCUUGUUAAUGUGCACUUUUUGGACAUAAAUGUAAAUUGAUGACCCUCUCCCACUGAAAAAAAAAAAAAAAAAAGUUUUGAGAGAGAAGAAAAUAGAAGAUGAUGCAUAAUUUAUUUGCUUCACUUUGAAUGCUAUUUACAUCUUUUUACCUAGCUUCUUUUCAAGUUUUAUUGAUGAACAGACUAAUGGAUUUUGUAUAAUUAAUAUUAUAUCAAGGACAUUUAGGAG